UAUCGAUUCUCCUUCGCCCACUGAGAGAGAGAGAGAGAGAGAGGCUCCUUCGCAAUCUGAAGAAAUCAUCCGAUCGAAUCGAAUCGAACAAUAGGCAGAUAAGAAAGUAUAGUUGGAAUCACCGAUCAGAGAAAACGGUGAUACGGAGGCUAGUUCUAGGGCUGAUGGGCGCCGCGGGGUCCAAACUCGAGAAAGCUCUCGGCGACCAGUUCCCCGAAGGCGAGCGCUACUUCGGCUUCGAGAAUUUCGGCAACACUUGUUACUGCAACAGCGUUUUGCAGGCUCUUUACUUUUGUGUUCCCUUUCGUGAACAAUUGCUCGAUUACUAUACCAGCAAUAAAAGCGUCGCAGAUUCUGAAGAGAAUCUUAUGACUUGCCUGGCUGACUUAUUUUCUCAGAUAAGUUCCCAGAAGAAGAAAACAGGCGUUAUUGCGCCUAAGCGAUUCGUACAAAGGUUGAAGAAACAGAAUGAGCUGUUCCGGAGUUAUAUGCACCAGGAUGCACAUGAGUUCCUGAACUAUUUGCUAAACGAAGUUGUUGACAUCCUGGAGAAAGAGGCUAAAGCUACUACAAAACCUGAACGCGAAACCUCAUCAUCAUCAUCCCCUGAAAAGAUUGCAAACGGACCAAAAGCUCCCCUUGUAAAUGGUGUGCACAAAGAGCCAGUUGUUACUUGGGUGCACAACAUUUUUCAGGGCAUACUUACAAACGAGACCAGGUGUCUACGAUGCGAGACAGUGACAGCAAGAGACGAAACCUUCCUAGAUCUAAGCCUUGAUAUCGAGCAGAACAGUUCGAUAACUAGCUGUUUGAAAAACUUCAGCUCCACAGAGACUCUUCACGCUGAGGACAAGUUCUUCUGUGACAAAUGCUGCAGCUUACAAGAAGCACAAAAGAGGAUGAAGAUCAAGAAGCCACCACACAUCUUAGUCAUCCAUCUAAAACGAUUCAAGUACAUGGAGCAGCUAGGGCGUUACAAGAAGCUCUCUUACCGAGUCGUCUUCCCUCUGGAGCUAAAACUGAGCAACACGGUGGAGCCAUACACAGACGUCGAGUACUCGCUCUUUGCAGUGGUGGUUCACGUGGGAAGCGGACCGAACCAUGGCCAUUACGUGAGCCUAGUGAAAAGCCAUAACCAUUGGCUAUUCUUUGAUGAUGAGAACGUGGAGAUGAUUGAAGAAUCAGCAGUGCAAACGUUCUUUGGAUCGUCUCAGGAGUAUUCGAGCAAUACUGAUCAUGGUUACAUCUUGUUCUAUGAGAGCCUUGGACCAACAACAAAGUGAAACAGCUGAGCAAGGGCAAAAGGACUUUUCUUUUGGAUAUUUUUCUUUAACUACUUAGUAAUGGUAUAUGACUCUCUUAUAUGUUUGUGACUUGCAAGUCAUUCAAAUUGACAGUUACUUUAUAUUGACUUCCUCUGUCUCUCUCUCCCCCAAAGAUACAUAUUUGGUGAGUUUAAAUUGGAAAAGUUUUUUUU